AUGUGGAACUCCUUCAACGCUGUCGCCAACAGAGUGAAGAGCACGGCCAAAGUCAUUGCUGCCGAAGCCUACGAAACCGCCAACGAGCUGCGAUCCAUUCACCAGGAUGCAGUCGGGUCCUCAGUGGCUGACGCUGCCUCCUGGUUUGCCGGGGACCAUGCGCUGUCAGCGACAGACAGCGAGCCCGGCGCGCCGCCCGUGUCCACCAUCCCAGUCCCUCUUCCAGCGGGGGGCGCCGCGCCAGACUCCUCCGCACACGCAGCUGGAGAGGGAAGCUGGAGAGAGCUGCAGGCCGCUCAGGCGGAGAUCGCGUUGCUGUGUGACGCCAAGGCCGAGGCGCAGGCACAGCUGCAGGCCCUGCGCCUCGAGCUGGCCCAGGCGCACUCCAGCCAGGAGGCACGUGUCGCGCAGGGUCUUGUCGAGGCCGAGGCCAGGGCCGCCUCCCACCAGUGCAGCAUCGAAGCGCUGACGAGGGAGGUGGAGGCUGAGCGUGCCGAGGUUGCCCACCUGCGCCGGGCGGCGGAGGAGGCCAGCCGGCGGGAGGCGGCGUCUGAGGAGGCGGCGGCGGCCUACCGGCGGGAGGUGGACCCGCAGCUGCUUCGGCAAGCCAGGGAGUUGGAGUUGCUCAAGCUGAGGCUUGCAGAGGCGGAGGAAGCCCGGGCUCGCUUGGAAGAGGCGCAGGGUGAGGAGGCGCAGCGACGCCAGGCCCAGGAUGCCUCCCAGGAGGAAGAGGUUUCUGCCAUGCUGGCUUCCUUGCAGCGAGAUGUGCAGACCCUGCAGCGUGAGCUGGCGUCACGGGACCGCGACAUCGCAUCCUACGAGGUCAAGCUGGAAAGCAUGCACGACGCCCUGGCGCAGGCGCAGGGGGAGGCGGAGGCCGCGUCGCGCGCGCGAGAGCAGGAGGCCGCCCGCUCCCGCGACGAGCUGGGCGAUGCGAGGGCUGAGGCUGCAGAGCUGCAGGGUCAGGUCCAGGCUGCCCGACAGGAAGCCAUCAGCGUGCGGCAGGAGGCUGAGCAGGCGCUGGCUGUCCUCCAGCGGCAGCUGGAUGCAGCCAGGGCAGCAGAGGCCCACCUCGCCAGCGCCCAUUCACCCGCCCGCGCCGCUGAAGCCGAGGAGCGGCUGCGGCGCGAGGUGUCCGAGGCACGGGAGGCCGCCGCUCAGGCCAGCGCCCAGGCCAGCGCUGCACAGAGGGAGGCACACCGCUUCGGCCGGGACCUGGACGAGGCGCGUGGGGCGCUGGACCUCCUGGAAAGCGAGAAGAACGCCGCCGUGGCCGAGGCAUCCGCCGCGCGGGACAGGGUGGCGCUGCUGGAGGCAGACCUCAGGGCCGCAGCGGCCGCUGCAUCGUCCAGUCCUUUGCCCGCCGGUGCAGGGGUUCUGGCAGAUGAGCUGGAGGCUGAGGUUGCCGCCCUGCGUGCCAGGCUCCGCGAGCUGGAGGCCGAAGCGGCCGGGGCUGCGCUGGCGAGGCAGCAGCUGGCGAGGCUAAAGCAGCAGAUGCUGACGGAACAGGACGACGAGGAGGAGAAGGUGAGGUGGCGCGUGGACGCGGAGGUCAAGAUGGAGCUGGAGCGGCUGAGGAGGUCGGGGGAGGUCGCCGAGGCGGGGUCCGAGGCCCUCGACGCCGCCCGCGCCGAAGCCGCGAAGUGGCAGGCCGCCGCCGCGGCGCGGGAUGCGGAGCUGGCAAACCUCAACCAUGCGCUGGAGGAGCUGUCCUACGAAAGCGAGGCGGCGGAGCGCCUCCGCGGCGAGGCCGUGGCCCUGACGUCGGCGCUGGCCAGCGCCCGGAACGAGGGUGACGCCCAGCGCCUGGCCGCGCUGAGGGCAGAGGAGGAGAGGCGCGAGGCCGUGGCCCGAGCCCAGGAGGCGGAGGCGGCCGCCGCGGCCGCCAGGAGGGAGACCACGGCAGCCGCCGUGCGUCUGGCCGAGGCGCAGCGCGCAUGUGAGGCCGCGGAGAGGCGCGCGGCCUCGCUGAGCGCCGACGCCGGGGCCAGCAUAGAUCGGCGCAUCGUCGUCAAGAUGCUGGUGUCUUUUUUCGAGCGAGGCGGGAGCGGCGAGGUGCUGGACCUCAUGGCCAGGAUCCUUGGACUGACGGACGAGGACAAGGGAAAGAUUGCCGCCAGCCAGCGCGCCACAGGCCGGCGGACGGGCAGCACGAGUCUGGCGGGGGAUGUGGUGGGUCGGUCGACGCCCGCGGCGCCCCAGCCCGCGUCCUCCUUGGCGACCUCCUGGAUAGACUUCCUGGAAGAGGAGGCGGCAGCAGCGGCCAGCGAGGAGGGCGAUGCAUCGCUCGGCCGCCCCGUAGGCCCCGGCCCAGCUGCCAGUGGGGCACCCGCCAUCCUCCCGCCCUACACGCCCCUGACGGCGCAGGGCCCACCACCCUUUGGGCGAGCGCCCUACCCCAACCUGAGCAGCGGGCCGCCCCCUGUCCUGGGCCUGCCCGACAUGCCAGACAUCUAG